UGGCAGAACACACCCGUCUGCAAAAGGGGCCGGGAAGCAAACAAGCUACUAACUAGACUCUAGUAACUAUAGGGCCGUGCCUCUCCCAGCAGGUUGGUAAUUGGAUCGCUUUAACGGGCGGCUUUGCGAAGAAGAGGUUAUACAAGAAUUUAAACGGCUGUCAGCCAACUCGUCUCCAAAAUCCGAGCAGUCGACCGAAAGGAGAAGGAAGCGAUUCGCUUCGGGAAUUUGCGCAAUAGGAUUUGUUUCGGGCUGCCGCUCAGUCCCACAACAGAGUAUGUUUCAAGAUGAAAGGCCUUAAAAAAGAUUUCAUUAAAGUCCCACUGAAUUCAGAGGGGGCUGACCCUUAUGGGAGUUGGAUAUAGGAUUGCAACCUAAACUGGAAAAAGGUUGUGGACAAUGAUGAGGGCAAAGACUUGGAUUCUGAAGAAGCAUUUUGAAGGGCUUCCUAAGCAGAGUGACUUUGAAUUAAUAGAGAUAAACCUACCAGAUCUAAACGAUGGAGAGAUGCUGCUUGAAAGUGUGUUUCUCAGUGUUGACCCCUAUAUGAGAGUAUACAGUAAGAGAAUGAUGAAGGAAGGGGACACUAUGAUAGGGUCUCAGGUUGCAAGGAUUUUGGAAAGCAGAAAUCCUUCAUUUCCUGUAGGAACUUUUGUUGUGGCAAAUUUGGGCUGGACAACACAUUUUAUUUCCAAUGGCAAAAAUCUAUUACAACUGCCUCCAAAUUGGCCAGAAAGUCUUCCAAGGUCAUUGGCUCUUGGAACAAUUGGCAUGCCAGGUCUUACUGCCUAUUUUGGCCUACUUGAGCUCUGCAGGCCCAAACCAGGAGAUACGGUCCUAGUUAAUUCAGCAGCUGGUGCUGUGGGCAAUGUGGUUGGGCAGAUUGCUAAAAUUAAGGGUUGUAAAGUGGUCGGCACUGCGGGUUCCGAUAAAAAGUUGGAUUACCUUAAGGAGCUUGGCUUUGACGAAGUCUUUAACUAUAAGUCGGUGAAAUCCCUGGAGCAGGCCCUGAGGGACGCUUCCCCUGACGGCUACGACUGCUAUUUUGAUAACGUGGGAGGAGAAUUUUCCAGCAUUGUUUUGGAGCAAAUGAACACAUUUGGGAGAAUUGCGGUGUGUGGUGCUAUCUCCUUGUAUAAUGACACCCAGCUCAAAAAAGGCCCAUUUGUUCAGGUCCCCAUGAUCACGAAACAGUUGUAUAUGGAAGGUUUUCUAGUCACACGUUGGGACAAUAGGAGAGAUGAAGGGAUAAAUGCAAUACUGAAAUGGAUUCAAGAGGGGAAAAUUAAAUUCCGCGAGGACAUCACCAAGGGUUUCGAAAACAUGCCAGCUGCGUUUAUGGGAAUGCUCAAAGGAGACAACUUUGGAAAGGCAGUAGUAGAGGUAUAAAAAGCACUCUGUUUGGCUUGUGAAAACUAUAAAUCAUUGUAUCUGCACUUCCUUAUGGACUGACUUGUCUUCUUGCCAAGCAUGAUCCAAGAUUAGGCUAAUCCACUAUGCCACUCCAGCAUGCCUCAAGUGCAGCCAAAACCACAGAACAUCAGGAUUAUCAUGGGAAGUCUGAGGACAAAAGAAACAAAUGCCUCUUAGAAGAUUUGUUAUAUUCUGUUUUCAAUAGGUUAUCCAGUUUGAAUAAAAGAAGCAGUCUGAAAAACCGAA